GAAAUACCAGAAGUCGUUCUCGUCAAAGAUGUAAUCUUUGCAAUGCAAGGAAUAGAGGGAAAAUACGUCAGAUUUGAUAAGCAAUUAGAUGGCUACACGGUCGAUCGCAGCUUUGGAGUCCCAGCUACCACUCGAGACUUGAUUCGCCGCAUCUGUGAAAGUGGAUGGCUGUACAGGAAGAUAUCUGCGUUCAACGCACACUGGUCUACAAGCAAGAGCAUAGGACUUGUUGGCCAGGGUCUGAUAACUGGCUUGCAAGCUGAACUUAUCGAGUACUUCAAGCUUGUUGCCGUCCUGCAAUCUCAUGUGGCCGAUGAUCAACUUAACUUGUCAAAACAAGAAUCAAUCGAGCAGUCGGACACUGAUGCAGAUUAUCAACAGCACCGUCAAGGUUUGACCCUCCGUCGGCUUCUUGUCUGGGUCCAGGAGCCCAUCGCUAGGCUGCGGGUGAUGGCUCUACUUUGCGACGCCGCUAUGGGACUUGGCCAGACCUCACGAUCACUCUUGGAAAGUUCUGGAUCCUCUUCUUCAGGCGGGCAGCUGGCAAGCGCAAUCAGUGUUCAUGCGCGACACGGGGAUCCUGCAGUCCAACAAUUGAUGAAGAGGAUAUUGAAACCAGUCUGCCGCCCUAUCUUGCAGCAGAUUCGGAAAUGGAUUUCGGAUGGCGAGGUGGAGGAUCCCUGGAACGAAUUCUUUAUCGAGAACGACUACAACAAGCUGGAACAUCAUUGGGAGGACAAGUACAAGUUACGACCAGAUAUGAUCCCAUCUUUUGUUAGUGAGCAACUUGCAUUCAAAAUCCUUCAGAUCGGAAAGUCAAUCAAUUUCAUCCGAAAAUGCUGCAGGGACAUCGAGUAUGUGACAGAAGCUUCCAAUGCACUUGAUAGAAUGAAAGACAUAGAGUACGGGCAGUGGGAAGAAUUAGAAGAUGUUGUGGGCACUCAUGCCGACUUGGCCAACAAGGCUCUUCUGUCUGCGUUAUUCCAUCAAUACAGGUUGCGUGAUCACCUGCAGGCCAUCAAGAGAUAUCUUCUCUUCGGCCAGCAGGGAGAUUUUGUGCGCUACCUAAUCGAUCUUCUUGCCGACAAUGUGCGCCCUGGAGCAUCGACAGUGCAUCAUCACAACUUAACUGGCAUCGUGGAGACUGCUAUCCGAGCAGCCUCGCAGACGGACGAUGGAGAUGUCCGAGAGAGAGUUCACGUAUCGACCAUGGAGGCGACUGGAGGAGACGAUCUCUUCAGUGUCUUCAGCUUGGAGUACAAGCUGGACACUCCUUGUAAUGCGGUGAUAACCGAAAGAUCGAUGCGGAAGUACAAGAGAGUCUUCAACUUCCUCUGGGGCCUCAAGAGAGUGGAGCAGGUGACUGGGAGGAUGACGUGUGACCCGAGUGACGUGGCGCAGGCGCUGAGUACAUCUUGGAGGCGAGCGAGUGAACUCUGCCACAUCGGAACGCACAACAUGAUGCACUUCAUUACCAACCUGCAGUACUACAUGAUGUUUGAAGUGCUCGAAUGCUCGUGGGAAGAGUUGAACAAAGAGCUUCAGAGCGUACAGGAUGUCGACCAGCUCAUCGCAUCUCACAACCGCUAUGUCGACAAGAUUCUAGAGCGUGCGCUCCUGACGGAAGACUCUGAGACGGAGAAGAAGCAGAUGGAUCGAGUGUUCAAGUGCAUCCUCGACUAC